CUGUGAGGGGGUGUACGUACGGCGUGAUGACGUCUUGUUGGUUCUGUCCGCCUCGUCAUCGCUGUGUGUCCGAAUCGCCUUGAUAGCAGCUGGGGACAUGCUGUGGUUUCAGGGCUCCAUCCCGGAGGCCAUAGCCGCGGCCAAGGAGAAGCGCUCCAUCUUCGUAGUCUUUGUGGCGGGGGAUGAUGAACAGUCGGUGCAGAUGGCGGAGAGCUGGGAAGAUGAAGGCGUGGCACAGGCCACAUCUGGAGGAUUUAUCGCUAUUAAAAUCGAUAGUAAGAGUGAGACCUGCCUUCAGUUCUCCCAGAUCUAUCCUGUGGUAUGUGUCCCCUCCAGCUUCUUCAUCGGGGACAAUGGAAUCCCACUGGAAGUCAUUGCUGGUGGUAUCUCUGCAGAAGAGCUCAUAGGAAAGAUCACCAAAGUGAAACAGAUGCACACAGGAGAUAAUGAUGGGUUACCAACUAAUCCUCACCUAUCCACUAACCCACCAGUGACCUGCUCUGCUGAAUCCUGCCCUGUACCACAAUGCCCUUCAGAGGACUUGCUGCCCCCAUCUGUGGAAACCCCCAGCGAUUCUUCAGCCACCACCCCAGUGCAAGAUGAGAAUCCACCCACAGAGCAAACAAAGGAACUUCAAGAAUUUGGGAAUAGCGAGAUGCCAGUCUCCCAGCCUGAAGAGGAAAUUACAGAAAAAGUGGAGAGGGUAAUGCAGAAGUUGGAACAGAAGCAGGAGGAGAAAAAGAAAGAGGAACAUGAGAAAGAAAUUAAACGAGAAAUUGAGAGAAGGAAGAUGGGCAAGGAUAUGGUGGAAUAUAAGCGGAAGCAUGAGGAUGACCAGGCACGGCGGGCACUGGAGGAGAGGAAUAAGGACAAAGCGGAGGAGAAAGCUGCCAGGGAUCGCAUCCGACAACAGAUCGCCCAAGAUCGUGCUGACCGUGCAGCUCGCUAUGCAGAGAAGAAGGAAGAACAAGAUGCAUUAAAAGCAGCAGAAUUGCAAGCAAGGCAGGCAGAGAUGGAAGCCAGAAGGGAUGCAGCACAGAAAGAAAAGAGGACCAUUGCCAGGAUACAGUUCCGACUUCCUGACGGUUCUUCGUUGACAAACACGUUCCCAUCAGAAGCCCCAUUGGAAGAGGCACGGCAGUUUGUUGCACAGACAGUUGGGAGCACCUACGGUAAUUUCUCCCUCGCCACCAUGUUUCCCCGGAGGGAAUUCACCAAAGAAGAUUAUGGGAAGUCUUUGCUUUCUUUAGAACUGGCCCCCAGCGCCUCCAUAGUCCUCUUACCAGCUGGUAGACAAGCUCGAGAUGUAGUACGGUCAUCAGAUGGUGGUGCCUGGGGGUUUCUGGGUACACUGGUAUACCCUCUUCUGGCAGUAUGGCGGUUUAUCAGCAAUUUCCUGUUCAGUAGCCCACCUCCCGCACAGCACUCAGACAGAGCAGCUUACCCCCAGCAGGAGGGCACAAAUCCUACGUCAUCCAACAGUUCAGAGCCAAAGACGGAAGCUGCUCGAAGGAGAGUACUUGACAAACGGACAGACAAGUUCAAAAAAGAAGGCACAAUUUACAGGUUAAGAACGCAGGACGAUGAAGACGAAAACAACACGUGGAAUGGAAAUUCCACCCAACAGAUGUAAUAAUGGAGUAAUAUAGUAGAUGUUUAUUUAGACUUUUCAUUUGAGCCACUUUCCAGCGAGCGGGGGUCCUCUAUUUUAAGCACCGUCAUAUGGCCAUUUAAUACAUAGCAAUAUGCAUGAACUAGGAUCCUUUAACUCUUUUAAUUAAGGUUUGGUUCUUAGACGCCGUUCACUAUAAUGUAUGCUUCUAUGAUAAAAAUUGAUUUUGUUUUUUUCUUUUUGGAUUUUUUGUUUUUGUCUUUUGGAUAACCGAUGAGUUCCGCAGGACUUUUCUCUGAGCCUUUAUAUUCAGCACACGCGGUCACCAUUGGGUUUUUUGCAAGAAUAUAAUGUGUUUAUUAGUCAUAAACUCUAUUCUACAUAACUUAUUUAUAUCGAUCGAUUUUCUUUAUCACUUCUGCAAGAGCUCAGUCAUUUCUCAUAGUUUUACAUCAUCCAUUUUCAAACGUUGCCAAUAAAAAGGAAAAAAAAUGUUUUUCAACAAA